UACGAAGAAUGCAACAAAAUAACCAAGCAGAAUGUAAAUAUUCAUUGCAUGGUUAUCCACUUGUAUUCCAGUAUUGGAUAUACGAAACUUUUCCUAAAAUUGGACGACAAUUUGGUCAUCGUAUCCGUACAAGUUUAAAAUGUCCACGAAUGCAUAAAUGACAGCCUCAAAUGGUAUUAGCGGAAAAUGUUACUAAAGAAUUUUUAGCUACUGAAGAGGUAUGUUCAUUUCAGUAUACAAUUAAAUAUAUGUUUUAUUCUUUAUAAAUAAAUUUUAGAGAAUACGUCUGAUAUUUUAUACAAUAUUACAAUUAUAGAUUACAGUAAUUGCAACGUUAAAUCCUACUGAAGCAGAAUUGGAAACAUUCUGGUAUACAACUCUUUCACUGCCAAUUGACAACCAACAUUGUACACUAGAUAGCAUUGUCAAUGGUGAAUUGGAAAAUACAAUAGAACAAAUUCGAGUAUAUAACAUACAUCCACAAGAAACAACUGUACACAGUUCAAAUAGAAUUGAAUCUACUUCUUCUGGUACUUCAGACUAUGUAACUAAACAAGAUAUGGAACAGAUGUUCAAUGUACAUAGACAAGAUGUCUUUGGUUUCUACGACAGCUUGAAAACACAGAUGAUUCAAGAAGCAACAAAGCAAGAAGCUCAGUAUCAUACGAUUCUUGAAAAUCAACAAACUCUCUGUCAGACACUUCUUGAUAAUCAAAAACAAUUUUUCGAAGUGCAGCAAAAAAAUCAACAGGAACAUUUUCAGGGCAUACAAUCUGACAUGCAUUCUUAUGUGGAUACCAGUUUCGGUUUAAUGAAGUCUUACAUUGAUGAACAAAAUCGAAAUAUGCAGAAUCAGUUAACCAACUGGAAAUCACAUAUGGAAUCAGUUGUAGCCUGUACAACAUGAUUUGCCCCCUCCAACAAAUUAAGCUGAAUUUGAAAUGCCUUCAACAUCUGAACAUGCAGAAGACGUCGAAAGAUCAACAAAAGAAAAAAAAGGUAAGCAAAAAGAGACACAAUCUCCAUCACCAAUGGCAACGAAUACUUUAGAAGAUUAUAACAUCGACAAAUACAAAAACAUUAGAGAAUGGAUAUCAGAAAAUCCAUCAGAUGCAUACUGGAAAGAUGAAAUCGACAAUCAAUACGCAAGACAUUCGCUGAUAAAUAUAAUAAAUCAAAUUAAAGAUAUAAAUAUUGUGCAUAUUGAUAUAAAAUUAAAGCUGUUGCGAAGACUCAUUCAUGAUACAUCUUCCCCGGUUUCAAAAGAAUAUGCAAUCAUGGACUUUCGAUUCGAGAAUGAAUGUGUUCAUUGGUACACAACGAUCAAACAAGGAGCAACCGCUUCUGUGAAUAAUUUCCAGGCAUUAGAGCAAUACACAAAAGGAGAAUUACCUACAUUUGCUCGACCCUGGAUAACAUACAACUAUUUAUUGAUUCCAGUCGCAUAUCCAGGCAACAGUUGGUUUAUUUUUCUUGUUGAUUUUGAAAAGUGGAAAUUUCAAGUAUAUGAUUGCAGCCACAACAUUCAUACACCAGAUGCAAUCAAGUUACGUGCAGCCCCAUUUUUGGAUAUAGUACAAUCAUUAUUAAUAGCUACUGACAUUUUCUUCGGGAAGCCAAAUUUACGAAAACAUAGAAAUAAACGUAUGAAAUUGAAAAUCAUACCGUAUCUACCUUGUCAAAAUAAUGGGCCAAACUCUGGAGUUCUUCUUCUCAAAUACAUUGAAUGCUUCAUUUUCGGAUAUCCAUUAGAAGCAGUUUCAAUUGAGAAAAUACGUUUAUACAGACGAAAAAUUGUCACAGAUAUCUGUCAAAAUGAAUAUUUUUUCCGUCCAUAUUUAUCAUAACCAUAACAAAGAAGGUAUGCCCUAUCAUGAUUGAUGUUGAAACCAAGAAGAAAAAGCUUUUCAUCACCCAUCAUGUAAGUAUCAUGUAUUCAAAUAUCAAGUAUAUCAAAGAAUUGCCGUUUUAACAAUUUCUUAUCAAUGUUUCAUUUUCUUCCUUUUGUAAUAACGCUGUUAACUUUUGAAAGUGAUCAUUAUAAUCUCAUUUGUAUUUCAAUUUUCUUUCUCUACAAGCUUAAUUCAACUUUUGAAAGUGAUCAUUAUAAUCCCAUUUGUAUUUCAAUUUUCUUUCU